AUGGCGAACUACGGUGUCACAGUUUUCUUAGACUUUAAUCCUUCAUUUACAAUUGUCUCUUUAAUUGACCUCCCUUAUGACCUGCAUCUCAAACUUGCAGAGUAUCUCAGACUCAAUGACAAGAUUGUUGUCAGCAAGGCCUCCGAUAUUCUCAGAAAAAUAUAUCAGCCAUUGGCUUGGGCUCAUGUAGUCGUCAUAUGUUAUUCUCCAUCCACCUCCAGUCCCCGGCGCUCAGUCCCAAUUCUUUCGCUCUUGUUCCCUGAAAGGUACAGCUGGCUUCCUACGGAAUCUAUUGAAACAUUAUACUUUAAUCCAUUCCAAAUUCAUGCAAUGUUUGGUUAUACUUUUUUCCAAUUCCCAUUUGACUUUUCUAAAUUCCCCAAUCUCAAGAAAAUUUUCUUUAAAUUUUUGCCUGCAGUUUGCUAUGACCAAUUUUAUAAUUCUAAACUAUUCUCAUCCAUCAAAGCAGGACCUGUUCCAAUCUACUGUGAUGUCAGAUAUAGAGACAACGAUACGGAGCAUGGCCGAGAAAACUUAAAGUCCUGUAACAUUGACCGUAACUACUUCCACAUGCUGUCAGUUGGCCAAUACUAUUCAUUGCCAAAUCUAUCGGGAAAUAUGGACAGGCUUACUGUUUUGUGCUUUUGCAUUAACAGUGUUGCUGAAAGCGAGGCAGAGAAGAUAAUCAAAUGUAUCAAUAAUCUUCAAAGCAUCAAAGAGCUUGCCAUAACUGCAUACUUUAGUUUCAAACAUGUGGGAGAAAGCAAAAUAAGCGUGCUGGAAUCCUUUUCACAUUUGUCCGAUCUUAAGCUUGAAAACCUAUAA